GGUGGUAGUACAUUAAUUGCUCUUUAAGAAGAGUAUAGAUAAAUACGAGAGGGAAGUAUUUGUGAGAGUGUGAACGGUUGUGACUACCCUCAGUCCGUCGUCUAAGUCAAAUAAUUGAUGCCAUAAAGCGGAUGUUUGGUAGGAGUAGUAGUAUGUUCACAUCCCAUGCCGCCAUGCGAAGAACACAUCCCCCAGUUCACCACCCCAACCCCACCUUAGCCAGUUAGCCUCUGCCGCCGCGACCGACCGCGAGGCAGCAAGACCAAUUUUAAUUGAAGACCACGGAAGGAGCGGGAGCCAUCAGCGGCCAUGACCGAGCUCGCGGCUGGCGCCGUGAGCUCACUGCUGGUGGUCAUCCGCAACGAGGCUGUGCUGCUUGGCGGCGUCCGGGACGAUGUGCAGUUCAUCAAGGAGGAGAUGGAGAGCAUGAACAGCUUCCUGGGGCACCUAGCCAGGAGCGCGCCGCAGGGUGGAGAGCACGACGAGCAGGUGCGCACCUGGAUGAACCAGGUGCGCCUGCUCGCGCAGGACUGCAACAACUGCAUCGACCUCUACCUCUACAGCGGGAACCCGGAGAUCCACCGUACCAAAGGUAGACUCCGGCGACACCUCUGGUGGGUCUACUGGUCCCUGCGCAAGAUGGUCGCGCAGCACCGAGCGGCCAUCCAACUCCGCCAGCUCAAGGACCGGGCGCGGGACGUCGGCAAGCGACGACUGAGGUAUGGCGUUGAGAUCCCAGCCACGACGAAGGCGGCCGCACCUGAUGCAACAGGUGGCUAUGUUGCUGAGGACGAUGAAGAAGAAGAUGAAGAUGACCGCGAAGGACAAUUUGCUGUGGCAACACCAACGUUGGCCCAUCAUUCUGCUCGAUGGCCCGUCUUUGAGCCCCCUUCUCUGGACGACUACGUGGAGGCGAAGUUAUUGGAGUGGAUUGGGGGAGUUCCUGGAAACGCCAUCGUGACGUUGUCCAUCGCCAUUGUAGCACCAGAUGCAGAUAAUAAGGAAGUCCUUGCUAUUGCACAUGAAACUUUGGUUGCUCCAAACUACUACUACCGUCGCAGUAUCAUGGUCAACGUCCCGGCGGUGCACCUUGAUGUUUUACCGCUUCGACCCAAGGAGGUCCUCUACUACAUCUUGCGGGAGCUCGAGCGGGAAGAAGCGGCCGGAUCGCAGAAGCAGCCCACAGAUCAAGGUGAAUGGGAGGAGGAGGAUCCUGACCCUUGGCAAGAUUACUACAAAAAAUGUGGCAUUUACCGUAGCAAAAAAAGUGUGCUCGGUAAAAUCAAAAGGAAUAUAAAAAAGAUGAAUAUUUACGAAAAGCUUGAUAAGAUCAAGAGCGACAUUCGAGAAGGACAACACAAGAGCAACAAGCUGUUGCUGCUUCAGCUACAAAAGAAAGGUGCGGAUCAGGUGGACCUACAUGUACUCCUUCAGCUGUUGGUGCUCCAGUCUCAGCAAGACCAAGCGAAGAACAAAGCAGUAGACACCCAUAAAUUACCAGAGUGGAACGACAACCUCAUAGAAAAAUUAGCCAUGAGGCUGAAGGAUCAUAUGGAAGCAGAUGAAAAGACCAAGAAGCUUAAUGAGCAAACUGGAGUAGAAGAAGAAACAGCAGUCAGACAAGGCGGAGGAGGAGAGAGGGAGGAGGAUGAGAAAGACGAAAGAGGAGACGGAGAAGAAGAGGGGAAGGAGGAGAGGAGGGACAUGGAGAAAGGAGGAGAAGAGAGGAAGGAGCAGCAGCAGGAGGAGCAGGAGAAAGAAGGGAGGAAGGAGGAACAGAACGAGGUAAGAAAGGAGACAGAAGGAAGAAAAGAACAAGUAGCAGGAGAGGAGGAAGAAAAAGAAGACCAUGAUGCUGAUAAUGAUGAAGACAGCAAUGAUGAUGAUGAUGAUGAGGAGGAGGAGGAGGAGGACGACGACGAUGAUGAAGAAGAACCAAUUCAUCUUCAUGAAGAUCAAUAUGAACAAAUCCUACGAGAAGUGUUCACAAAGAACGCCAGCAGCAAGGCCCAGGAGCAAGAUAAAUUGGUGGCCGAGCAAGCUACAAAGACUGCAGCCACUACAUUGGAUGAGGAACGAAUCAAACAAAUGAUCAACGAAGCAAAACAAGAUGUCUUAAGGGAGCUGCGGGGACGCGAAACUGAUAAGAAUCAAGCAACAGGUGAACCUGAUGUUCCACCUGAUAAGAAUCAAGCAACAGGUCAACAUGCAGUUGUUCUGGAUCAAAACGAAGAGGCUUAUUUUGAAGAAGUAGAGCAGAAGAUUGAAGAAAUCAAGCAGGAACUUAAAGAGCAGCUGAAGAUCAAAUGGAUCGUGGACAAGAUUAAACAUCACUUACAGGAUCAGUGCCCCCUCAUUAUCCUAAAAUUUGAUCAGAUGAUGGAUGGAUCCCGAUGGGAGGAGAUCAGAAAGGCUCUGAGCCUGUUAGAAUUGAGUGCCGAUGCAUUGAUCUUCACCACAGGGAGCACAGAACAGGCUAAAGGAUAUUGCUAUCCACCACGAGAACCUAUAGAUCACUGUUCUCUUGUUGGUCUCUACUAUUAUACGGUGCUCAAGCUUACUAGCAAGCACAAGAAUGAAGACAACGAUAACGCACAGAUUUUUCGUGGCAUCUUGGAGGAGUGUGAGGGGCAUGAAUUCUGCAUGAAGAUCUUCACUCAUGCUGUGUAUGCUAAUCCCAAGAGGAGCAAUGAAGAGUUAAGGAAGCUACACAGCACCCUGCAGUCUCCAAAAAAAUCAUUCGACACCAUAGCUAAGAAGAUGUUCAUGUACUCUUACAAUGAUCUACCUAAAGAAUACAAGUCAUGCUUGCUGUACCUAGCUAUCUUCCCCAAGGGACAGAAGAUUAGGCGGUCAACCUUGAUUGCAAGGUGGGUUGCAGAAGGGUUGACAUUCAAGGAAGAUUGGCCCAGCUCUGUGUAUCAAGCAAAUCGAUGUUUUGAUGCCCUCAUCCGUCGGUGGCUUGUUUAUCCUGAUGAUAUUAGUGCCACAGGAAAGAUCAAGAGCUGUGUGGUAGGCGAUCCAGUUCAUGGGUUCAUUACCGCAAUUGCCAGAAAACAACAUAUUGUGGAGACACGCCUAUCUCAUCACUUGGCUCGCCACUUCUCCAUUUUCAAUGAUCUUCGACUCCGCAGCUCUGAUAGAAUUGGCACGUUCUUCCAAGGCCUCUCACGAUCAUCUCGAGUAUCCCUACUCAAGGUGCUAGAUCUAGAAGGUUGUCAGUGCUUUGCUAGUAAGAAUCAGCGGUACCUCAAGGACAUCUGCAACAAGAUGUUACUGCUCAAAUAUCUGAGCCUAAAGGGAACAGAUAUUACCCAGCUGCCCAAGGAAAUCAACUGCCUCCGCGAGCUAGAGGUAUUGGAUAUCCGAGAAACCAAGGUGCCUGCAAAUGCAACAGUACAUGUCCUGCUCUUGAAGCUGAAGCGUCUACUUGCUGGUGCUAGUCAGAUUGAUCCAACUCCAAGAAAUUUUGUCACUAACGUCCGGAUUCCUUCCAGGAUAGACAAGAUGAUAAACAUAGAGGUACUAUCUAAUGUCAAGGCCCAGCAACAUGAUAAUUUGGAAGAUAUUGGGAAGCUAUGCCAGUUGAGGAAGCUAGGUGUGGUUAUUGAUGGUAAGAAAAGUCACCUUGGGAGUUUGCUUAAAGCGAUCAGUGACCUACAUGCAAGCCUCCGUUCUCUGUCAAUCACUAUUCCCACAACCACACUCGAGGUUACUCCUUCAAGCCCAGAGUUACAAGAUAUUGCAUCUCGCCUAAAAGACCAUCCUGAGUUUCUUGAGAGUCUAAGCAUCAGUGGAGCCAAGCAUCUUUUUCCAUUGUUGACCAAAGGUGGUAAUAAGAAACUUGCCAAGGUAACUCUAAGCAACACCCCACUGAACCAAGAUGAUCUGAAGUUCUUUGCCCAGCUGCCCAUGUUACAGUGUGUUAGGCUCCGACACAUUUCAUGCACCGAGAGUGUGCUCAACUUCAAGAAAGAUGAUUUCAAAUGCCUCAAGUACCUUCUUAUUGAGGGCUCAAACUUGACUAAUAUUACUUUUGAGGAUGAGGCAGCCUGUGAGCUCGAGAAGAUGGUUUUAUCUUCCACUUGCAUAGAGUCUAUUUCUGGAGUUCAUGGGCUUCCAAAAUUCGAAGAGCUUGAGUUGAACAGCAGCAGCUGCGGAAGGUUGCUAUCAUCAUGUUUUUACAAUGUUGAACGAAUAGCCAAGCUGACUCUUCGUGGUACAUUGCUGAAGCAAGGUGAUCUACGAAUCAUCGCCAGGGAACUAAAUAUAUGCUGCCUAGUGCUCUUGGAAAACUCUUUUGACAUAAGCCAGAACCAGAUUACCUUCGAAAAAGAAGAGUUCAUAUGGCUCAAACUUCUUAGUGUUGAUUGCUCUACCAUCACCAAGAUUAACUUCAUCACUGGAUCAGCUCCUAGGCUCAAGAAGAUCGUCUGGUCAUCUUUCACCUCUCUCUCUGGCAUCAAUAACCUUCCUAGGUUGAAGGAGCUCGAGUUCAAUGGAUACUCAGUCCCAAAUGAUGUGGAAGAAGCCAUUAAAAACAAUAAAAGCAUAAAUCUUAAACAUAAUAAACCAUAAGCUCAAGACAAAGCAAAAUGGAGAUGAAUAAGAGGAUGAAGACAAUGCUGGGACAUUCCCAUUCCGCUGGAAGAAACAGGUUUGUCACCAGAGGAGCAUCUCCUUUUAUCCCAUGGUGUGGUUUGUGUGUGCUAGUGUGGAUUGACAUUCACUACUUGUCUGUUUAGUUCUUUCUGCUGUGCGUGAGCAUGUUUUUAUGUUCUGCAUGAUGGAAUAAUUCUUGUUAUCCCUUGUUUUUCCAUCCUGCUCUCUGUUUCCUCCUCACUCUGUUUUGCUCUGUUUCCUUUGGUUCGAGUCAGUGUAAGCUCGAGGUUUGCUUGUUCAAGCCGGAGCGAAUCCUUAACUAGUUGGCUUGACAUGCACCGGCGUGUGGGAUGGCACACGAUGCAGCGGCCAUGGAGGGCAAGUUAGUCAUGUCAUUGGCACGGCAUGCCCCGACGUGCGGGAUGGCGCACAAAGAGGACGGGCAUGAUGCGUGCAGUAGCAUCAAAACCACUAUUUUGUUUGUAUUCAAGUUUCAAUACAAUCCAGAAAAUGCUGCCACUUGACAGCGCCAAAAA